AUGGUGGGAUCUCCUGUCCUCAUUCACACUCAUUUAUUGCUCCUUCUGCUGCAAAUCCUUUCUCCUCUCUGUGGUCAGCUUCGUAGCUGUCCCCACAACAGCUCCAUUAUUGGGGUCGUUGGAGAAGGGGUUGUCCGGCCCUGCCACGUGGUGGGAGAAGAGAUCCCAGAGACCUUCUCUGUCCAGUGGGUGUUUCAUGAACCACCCCAGAAAAUCACCGUGAGCAGAUACGAUGGGAAGACCAAAAAGGAGGAUCAAGAUGAGAGAUACAACAGCAGGACAGAGUUUUUCCCCAGUGAAUUCCAAGCUGGGAACAUGUCUCUCCACUUGAAGAACCUCAGGAGCUCUGACCAAGGUUCCUACACCUGUGUGGUCUCUUUCAAUGACAGGCACCAUCGGGGGUCGAUUCAGCUGCAGGUGGCAGCUAAAGGUGGUGGCCCUUCCAUCUUCCUGAAGAGCCACAGCAAGGAGGGCAUUGGCCUCACCUGCCAUGCAGCUGGAUGGUUUCCUAAGCCUGAGGUGGUUUGGUUGGAUGGCCAAGGACGGGUCCGGAAGGAACUAUCGACCACCAAGGUGACCAUGAUGCCCACAGGUCUCUACAGUGUUGUCACCCCCAUGAACCUCGAGCGAGGCUCUGACAUGGAAGUUUCCUGCAGGGUGGUCAACAAUCUGCUCAGCACCAUGAGUGAGUCUCGAGUCCUGAUCUCAGGUGGGUGA